CGCCUCGCGAGCCGCUGCAACAAGUUCCAUUUGGCUAGGCGGACGGAUUGAACCAGGCCGGCAGCUGGCACCUAACUUUACAAUUGCCUCCCACUCAGAAACAUUCAACAAUUCUGAUUUUCUUUGAAAAGAAAAAGGACCGUCAAAAACCAAGCGAUAAUCUACCUACCACCGCGAUCCUCUCGCUCUCUGUCCUCGAUUCUCAACCGCAAUCCUCCACCACCGACUCGCUCUUUUAUCCAGCCACGGUCAUUGACCUCGGUCGACGCGUGGCCCGAACUCGCGAUGUCAGACGCCCACUCUCCCGCUGGCUCGCCGGCCGGCUCGCCCGCGGAUCGGGAUGAGCACUUCGAGAAUGAGCACCAGGAUAAUCCCGAGCACCAGGAGAAUCACGUCGAGGCCCCAAAGGAGGAGGCCGGAAAUGACUCCGACAAGGAUUCAGACGUCCUUUCCGAAAUUGACGAGGACCAGUUCGAGGAUUACGACCCUACCCUCGAAGAGAGGCCCGUGGAAAUCGACGAAAAUGUUGCAAAGACGCUGAAAGCCGCGAAACGGAAGCGGACCGACGGCGAGGCCGUGAGAAAGCCGAAGGAGGGGCGCAGGCCAAAGAAGCGAGCGCGCGCCGUUGACGACGACGGCGGCGACGUUGAGGAGGGACAGCGCCGACCCCGGAAAACUCGUGUCGCCGCCGGCGGGGAGCAGCGGGCCGCACAAAAGGAGGAUGAAGAGGAGGAACAGGUAAACGAGGAAGAUCUCACGCCCGAAGAGCGCCGUCGUCGGGCCAUCCAGCGAGCCGUGGAUGAUGCUUUGAAGAACCCGACGAAGCGGCGGCGCAAGAAGGAUGACAUCGACCUCGAGGACCAAAUCGAUGACCAGCUUGCGCGCCUGAAGGUCGCAAUGGAGAAAGCCUGCAUAGCGGAUAAUGAAGCCCGCGAUAAGGGCAUGGCCGCCACGCAUAAGCUCAAACUUCUGCCGCAGGUCACAGCGCUCCUCACCCGAACCUCAGUGCAAGAUUCAGUUCUCGAUCCCGAAACCAACUUCCUCCAAUCGGUGAAGUACUUCCUCGAGCCAUUGAACGACGGCAGCCUCCCUGCCUACAAUAUUCAGCGGGACAUCUUCAAUGCUCUUGCCAAGCUCCCCAUUAACAAAGAUGUCCUCCUGAGCAGCGGCAUCGGCAAAGUUGUCUACUUCUACACCCGGAGCAAGCGACCCGAACCCGGCAUCAAGCGCAUCGCAGAGCGCUUGGUCGGCGAAUGGAGCCGUCCGAUCUUGAAGCGAACGGAUGACUACAAGAAGCGCCACAUCGAGACCCGCGACUUCGACUUUGCGGCCGCAAAGCUCGCCCAGCGCCAGGAAGCCGCCGUGUCGGGCUCGCAGAUGACGCUCGCGCAGCGGCCCGCGGGCAAGACGCGCUUCGAGCUCGAGCGCGAGCGCCUGCUCGCGCCCGAGGUCAAGAGCAACCGAGCCAGGCCGGCCGGCCUGCCGGCGAGCUACACUAUCGCCCCGCGGAGCACCUUUGACGGGUCCCGUGCCGUCCCCGACGCCCGCCCUAUUGGGGCCGGAGGGAUGGAGGCAUUCAGGAGGAUGACUCAGAAGGGGAAGGGCGGUCGCCGCUAACUCUGAGCGGGUUGGGGCUGUAGACUUUGGU